UUUUUUCAUUUUGAAAUUUAAUCUGUAAAGUGAUGCAAAAGCUUUUCACGAUAAAACUCAAGUAGCCGUUAGCUGAAGUGCUCAUAAUUGACUUCAUAUCUGUCUUCGUUGUGCGCCGCGUGUACUACGCAUAUCUUGAACAGACAAAAUCAUGAAGGUGUAUUCUUCUUGGUUCUCAUUACUUCUUGUCUUUAAGUUUCACGCAGUUUGCGUAAAUGCAGAUAUUCAUAGCAUUCUGCGGCAGAUUUACGACGAAGAAAAUUCGCCAAAUAUCACAGUGGCCGAGAAAAGAAAGUUAGACGAAUACCGAACGGCUAUGGUGAAACAGGAAAUUUUGAGAAUGCUUGGACUCAAAAGCCCUCCAAAUAUGUCCAUCACAUCUCGCGUUCCAAAGAGGUUGCUUCAUACUGUUCUAAAAGAUGAAAACAAAAUCAAGACACGGAAAGUCUCAAAGGAAGUAAUUGUUAUUGCGGAGCCAGGUGUUAAUGAAAAAAAAAGGAAAUCUCGAAGAUCAUUUUUCAUUCGACUCAACAGCAACGUAGAGCUUCGCGCAAUUUCUUCAGCGGUGUUGGUCAUACCUCGUGAUCAAUUGUUGCACACAAAGAAAGCACAACUCAAUCAUCGUUCAUUAUUCAUAAGAAUACAUGGGUUGUCCCAUUCACUCGACUUUCUUAAAGGUUAUCCUGACGCCAUCAAAAUUCGCAAAGGAAUCGUUAAGUUGGACAUAACAUCAAUUUUGAAAGCAAAACCAAAGACCAGCAACGGUUUUGUCAGAAACAUUUCUAUCGAAGUUGUUUGCGAGAAGUGUAGAACGUUUUCCGCUUUUUCCCGUAAAAUCAAAAAACGACGUCCUGUCGUGAUAUUUCGUCUUAAGUCGCUGACAAAAAUGCGCAAACAACGUUCCAAUUGCGCAGGAACUUGUUGCUUGCAAAAGUACAUGGUAGACUUUAAAAAACUUGGCUUUUUCUUCGUUAUGCAACCCAAGAAAUUUGCUUUGAACUUUUGUCGUGGUUCAUGCCAGCCACAUUCUCCUCAAAUAUUAUUUAUGAAUCGUAUAAACUUACUGCAACCAAGUAGUUCGUCUAAUCCAAACGACAGUUGUUGUGUUGUAAGUUCUUUUCGCCCACUUUCAAUACUUUAUCAAGAUGACAACGGUAGCAUAAAUAAAAAAGACCUACCAAAUGCUGUUGCAACUGGUUGUGAAUGCUCAUAACAAUAAAACGACGGCAACUCUCGCAACAAGCAGCUGGUAAUGCCUGACACAAAAGUAUUCCCUACAUAUAUAUAUAUAUAUAUAUAUAUUACAUAUAUAUUACAUAUAUUUAAGACAAUUUAAGGAAACAGGCCAGUUUUUUAAUGUCCUUUAUAAUUAUUUGAAAACGGGUGCUUCUAUUGAUAACAAAAAGCAUAAAAAACGAUUCUCUUGAGAGAACAUUAGAAUUACAAAACAAGUAUUUUGUUAAUAUUAACCGCUCCUUGCAUAUUGUGUGUAAAUAUUGUCGGCAUUUAAUGGAUAAGAGUGCCUCCUCAACUACCAAUCAACUUGAACUCUUCAUCUAAACAAACAUUAUUUAGCCAUUUUAGAAAUAUGUACAUCGGAGUAUAUAUUAGACUUCUAGGACUUACAAAAUGUCAUGUUGUCUUGUUUGUACAGAAUAUACGUAAAAUGAGACAUACCAAGUUUUCAUUUAAACGAAUAAUGACAGGUAUCGGAUUUUAUUGUACUGACUAUAACGCGUAUCAUAUAUCGUACUCAUGUGAUCUAUUGAAGUAAUGAGACUUGAUGACACUUGAUGUAUUAAACAUUGUGUAUUAAAUUUACUAAACUAAA